UGCGAUUUUAAACCAUCUCUUCAAGAAGUUAAAGAUCUUGUGACAGAGAAAAAGGGAAAUACAAUCCCUAUUUAUUGUAGGAUUCCUGCAGACUUACUUACACCUGUUGGUGCUUAUUUACGUAUAACAGAACAAAGCAAAUUUUCUUUUAUUUUUGAGUCUGUAACAGGAGGAGAAAGAAUUGGGAGAUAUUCCUUUGUUGGUGCAGAUCCAUAUAAGGUUCUUAAAGUAGAAGAUAAUGAAGGGGAUCCUUUGAAUUUUAUCGAAGAAGAAUUGAAAUCUAUCAAUUAUAUUCCUGUGCCUGUACUUCCUCUAUUCACAGGUGGUGCUGUAGGAUAUAUCGCAUAUGAUUGUAUAAAAUAUUUUGAACCACGAACUGCACGCGAAUUAGAUGAUCAUUUGGGCCUUCCAGAUUCUGUUUUUUUGUUCGUUGACACAUUGAUCAUUUUUGAUCAUUUAUAUCAAGUUAUAAAUGUAGUUUCACAUUAUCGAAACGAUAUAGCUGACUUAGAAUCUGCUGAUUAUCAAUAUCAAAAAGCUACAGAUAAAAUAAAGCAUGUCUUGAACUUGCUUAAAAAAGAGGUUACUCCUAAUAUAUCUCAGAAAGAAAUAAUCUUGAAUCAAACUUCUGUUUCUAAUGUUGGCAAGGAUGGUUAUAAAGAAUUUGUCACAACGUUGAAAGAUCAUAUUAAAAAAGGUGACAUUAUUCAAGCAGUUCCGUCCCAAAGAUUUAAGCGUCCUACAACUAUACAUCCUUUCAAUGCUUAUCGACAUUUACGAACAUUAAAUCCAUCACCAUAUUUAUUUUAUAUUGACUUAAAUGACUAUCAAAUUGUUGGUGCAUCACCCGAACUCCUUGUUAAAGUCGAAGAUGACAUCGUAUACACUCACCCAAUUGCUGGUACUCGUAAACGUGGAAAAACUAAAGAAGAGGACGAAAUGCUUGCUAACGAACUACUUAAUGACCCUAAAGAAAGAUCAGAACAUAUUAUGCUUGUUGAUCUUGGACGAAAUGAUGUUAAUCGUAUUUGCCAACCUCAAACUGUUAAAGUUGAUUCAUUAAUGCACAUUGAACGUUAUAGCCAUGUUAUGCAUAUUGUAAGCCAAGUUUCUGGUAAACUUCGCCCGGAUAAAACAAGAUUCGAUGCAUUUAGAUCAAUCUUUCCAGCAGGUACUGUUACUGGAGCACCUAAAGUCAGAGCCAUGGAGCUUAUUUCAGAACUUGAGAGAGAGAAAAGAGGAAUUUACGCUGGAGCUGUAGGUCAUUUCGAUUUCUCAAAUUCUGUAGACACUUGCAUUGCGAUUCGUACCAUGGUUUUCAAAGAUGGAUUUGUCUAUCUUCAAGCAGGAGGUGGAAUUGUCUAUGACAGUAAUGAAGAUAAUGAAUAUCAAGAAACCAUCGAUAAGCUCCAAUCAAGUGUCACUUGUAUUGAUAAUGCUGAAGAAUAUUUUUCUAAGUUACAACAAGCUUAA